AUGUCUUCGAAAAGCGCCGGUCGGCGAUCGCCCCUAACGGGCGUUCCCCGUCCGUUGAGCCCGCACUCGACGAUUGUCGUCGAUAGGGCCUCCCAACUGCCCUCUUUAGGGCAAACCAGCCCUGAUGUUGGGGUUGCUACUCCCAACGAGCCCAACGCUCUAGAACCGGUAGCAGCCCCUCGCAGGGUCAGCCUGUGGACAACACAGGAGCUGAACAAGCUUGCGGACCUGGUCGAAAGACACAGAGAUGCAAGCGGCCGCAUCCGAUGGCGAAACCUGGCUCCGGCCUGGGAACGCCUGAGGAGCGACAAUGAGCCACCAAGGACUACUGCAGCCCUUAGAGCGGCCUAUGCUAAGCUUGCCCGGAAUACUGGGCAUGCAGUCAGAAACGAUGCCAUGUCGGCUCAGAGAGCUGCUGAAGCAUCGGAGGAAGGCAUUAGCCAACCCCAAGAAGACCGGAAUGGUCAAGAGCCAGUAAGCACGAUUAAUGCUGGAAGCGGGUUGAUACCCGGAACCAGCAAUGUGAUUCUGGCAGAUACCCCCGAAGAAAUCGGGAGUGGAAAUACGAACCUUGAAACUGAAAUCAGAACAAGGUUCCGUUGCAAAUGGGGUCCUCUCAGAGGAACUCCAACGAAUCUCCUCUCAGAGGAGCUCCAACGAAUCAAAUCGAAAUCGCUGACGUCCUUGAAUGCAGCAGUUUAUGCAGUCGCGAAAGCAGUGACUACUAAACUGAUAGAGGAGAACAGCGAAAGGCUUGCGCCGAUGAAAGAGCGCUUCCAAGAAGCAGCUCAGCUUCGGAAUACUCUAAUAAGCUUCAUAUCCACUUUGGCUAUAGAGCUCCGAAGAAGACGUACAACUGUAGAUGGAAGGAGCGGUUCUGGAAGACCCAGCCGCAAAUAUCUGGAAAUCUCAAGAUUGUACAGGGUGUCCAAAACGGCAGAUGUUCAGAGACUCCUGAUUAGAUUCAGAGAUGAACUGAACAUUGUUAAGAAGGACAUCAAAUUAAUGGAAGAGGCUAAGAACCGCUUCCAAGUGAGACGAAGGGGUCCCCCCUUCGUAGCAAGAGAACCCCGAGAAACAGGGAGUAAUGUGCCGGUUGACCAAGUACGUGAGUACUGGAAGCCAAUUGUAGGCGAGGUUCAACCGUUCAGAGAAACUGUGGAGCUUAGGAUUUGGUCCCAAGCCCACAGGCAAUCCAAUCCAAACCAUGUGGACUUGGCCUUAACGGAUGAGGACUGGAAAGUCCUAUUCUCUAGAAUCAAACCAUGGAAGGCCACAGGACCAGAUGGAAUCCAAGGCUUCUGGUGGAAAUACCUACCAGAGGCUAAGGAGCGUCUUAAAGAGUGGUGCAUCAAAGCACUGCACAGGCGCAGGGAAGUGAUACCACGAUGGCUCUGUAGAGGCAGAGUGGUAUUGAUCCCAAAAGGGAAAUCAGAGACCCCUGGUCCAGGAGAUUUCCGACCAAUAGCAUGUUUGAAUACAUGCUAUAAGGUCCUCACGGCGAUGAUUGCGAACCGUAUUACCGCCGGCCUCGGAGACCGACUCCCUCGGGAGCAGGUCGCCCUGCGGCGAGGAAUAUGGGGAUGCACUCACGCACACAUACUGGAUCAAACAAUCAGGAAUGGUCUCAUGCAAGGUGACACCCUCAGUCCUUUACUGUUUUGCAUGGCCAUAGCGCCUAUCUCCGGUUGGUUGCGCUCAAAUAUCGAGCCAUACAAGACCAGAACUGGUAGUGGUACCAGAUCAGAAGGUAGCCUUGAGGUAGGACACAUAUUUUACAUGGACGACCUCAAGGUCUACACUACUAACUGGGCAGACUUGGUGAAAGCCAAGGCUGGCAUCCAGAAAGUAGCAGAACAAUUGGGAUUGAGGAUGAAUCCAAGCAAAUGCGCGGUGAAGUCCGUCAAUACCAUGGAAAGGGAACAGACUGAAGUCGGAGAUAUACCGAUUCUAGGGUCUAACUCCCUUUAUAAAUACCUGGGAGCGGAGCAAGGCACUCUUGUCUCUAUGAGGCAGCUUUGGAACCGCGUCCGGAAAAACGCUUGGGAUACUGCCGUCCGAAUUAUGAACAGUGACCUGACGGUACGUCAAAAGGUUGCUGGAUACAACCAAACGGUGAUCCCAAAGCUAAAAUACGCAGCGUCAUGCGUUAUUUUCGGUAUGGGACGUCUAGUUUCAUUCCGAAAACAAGCACGCGACUUUGACGUACGGAUACGAAAGCUGUUAGAAGAAUCUCGAAUGAGAUUUGGAUACAGCUGCGUUGCGAGACUGUACGUCAGGAAAGAAGAUGGGGGCCUAGGAUUAAAGAGUAUAGAAGAGGAGGUAGAUCACACCAUUGUUUACACAUGGUGCUACCUCGCCUCUAAUCCAGACUUUAUAGUCCCCUAUCAGCUGGCCGAAAGCCUACGUGCCAGCAGUAAACGGUCACUAACCUCAGACUUCAAGUCCGUCUUAGCAGCCAACGGACUAGAGGAUAAA